CCUAAGACCAUCAAAGGGCCCGUAUUGACUCUCAGAAGCUGGUGUAUUAAAAGCGAAGUCUCGGCCGUCUUUAAAUAACCUUAAAACGCAUCCCUUGUAUAAUCACUGUCCAACUCUACUGUCCUUUUGGAUUCCGUCACUGAAACUAUUUGUUGACGGGUUAUACCAUCAUCUCGCCAAGAUCUGCAGCAACCAGCAAGAACACGGUGGAAGCAGCAUACCGGCACAACCAUACUACGCCAGAUUGGACAGCCUAUUUACAAAUACUCCUUUAAUCCAGCUCACCCAACCGACAAUGUCCGGUCCCCUUUUCGGCAUCGUUCCGGCUGGUCAGCCUCUGUUAACGGACCCAACAUCGGCACCCUCAGAAACUUCCUUCCUCUACUCCGUGUCCGCCGUCCGACCAUUCUCCCACAUUACUGUCCUACUGCUCCCCGGCAUCGUCCUACCUCCGAAUACUGCCGCUGCCAUUUACUUCGCCACGGCUUCCGAUGUCUCCGCCGCCACAGCCACGGGUCAGACCCCAAACUUCAAAUUCCUCGGCGGUAUAGGAACGGGUAAAGAGAGCGCCACCUUCAAGAUCAAUGCCGGGGGUAGCACCAACAGUAGCGACAGAGAUCCAAAUACCGACAGUGUUAUGGUUGGUGUCUCCAUUGAGCCGGCCGAGUCGGUAUUCUCGCGAAUCCAGGAGCUCUCGGCAACCCGGUCAUCCCAAUCGGGCGCCGCUUCCCAACCGUUUACGCAGCUCUUGGCGCAAAACAUCAUCAAGAACGCGUUUAACUUCCUCGCGAGCUUCAGUGGCACAGCUGGGCCUGGUGGCGUUGAGGUUGUGCCAUUGAAAGCGUUCGAGGAGUGGUGGAAGAAGUUCGAGAGCCGUGUCAGAUCCGACCCCAGCUUUCUUGAAAGAGCGCAGGACUGAUACGACGAAGCCACGUUGUAAUCCGUACAUAGUCAUUCUAAUUGAUACCCCCAAGGAAA